ACAUAACACGGAAGUACAUAACUCAUGUAACAUUUCACAUUAUUAAACUGUUUAAUACGAACUUAUUUGAUCAGUAUGCUUCCCGCAGCUGCAGUUUUUCAUUUUCCUUGGGAAAUAAGCUCUGGCGUUGUGAAUGAAGGAGAAUCAGUGAGAAUAUUUGGCAGACUGAUGUGCUAUCGGCCUGAGGAGUCCAGGGCAAGAUUGUCAGCUCAUCAUGCUUCAAAAGAGCAUCAUGUGGUUGUUCACACAUGUUAUGUAGAGCCCUUUGACCCAAAUGGGGCCCAAUAUUUAGUUCUGGGUGAAACAGAAAAUGCAGAAGAUGUUGGUUUAAUGGUGAGAGCGCGUGUGCUAAACUGUGUCGAUGGAGUCAACAUUGCCUUUCUACAGAAAGCCAUUAUUGAGCAAAGGAGCUUCUUCAGAGAGAGGGAGGGUGAUGCUGCUCAACAUGCACAUGUCACCUGAUGACCAGGAUCAAUUAUCAUGACAUAUCACAGGGUGCUCAUGGAAUAUCAGGAACGCUGUGCUGCCUAUAACGCUGUUUGCCAAGGUGCACUGGGAUGGUCUUAUAUGAGCUCAAGUUGACUUUAAACCUGUUUGGUAAAAUGUAAAUUAGCCCGGUGUGAGUUUUGGUCUCUCACCUCUCCACAUAAAGUUUUCUGCAGUUUGUCACUUCUGUGUUGGCUUGACCUUUUUUUUUCUCUACUUGGCCAAUGAAGAAUUAAAGCUGUUUGGAUCCACUAA